AUGAUGAAGCCACUUAUGCUACACAGGCCCAUAAACAAAUGUGGGCCGUUUAUUGAUCGAGAAGUUAGAGACUAUUUGCUUGUUGGCGCGUGGGAGUUAUGGCUUGACUUCUAUAUUUUUCUCCAAUUUGGUUUUUGGAAACCGUCAAUCAAUACCAAUAUGUCUGCAACAGCAUUCUACGCUGCCGUACCGCUCAUCGAGUUCAUUCGUCCAGAAAAUUUUUGUACGAAGAAGUCCCGAAAAUUAAAAGAUCACAAGUUGAAAAUAAUUCGCAGCUUACAGCAGUGCAAAUUGCCAAUGUUCUCACAGCACAACCAGUUGGACUUCUCGCACCUUGCCUCCUUGGAAGUCAAACACCACAGAAAUCGGGCGACGCCACAGACGGUUCUUGAAAACAUCAAAAAUAAAGUAUUUGAAAUACAGAUCAUCCUCGUUAUGCUCAAUUGUCACUCGAACUAUGGAUUGAUUAAUGCAGCUGCUGAGACGUCGUACCUGUACAUGCGGACGCAAUACGUUAACGACAUGAACGUGAAUGAUGGACGUAAAUUCAACGGGACGUUCAUGUGGAAUCUCCUGCUGAAAAUGGAUACAGAGCUCGUGUUCAUCGUUAUUCAGAAGCACCUCAUUCAUUCUUCAUUCAUGCUUUGGAGACCCGAGGGCGGUAUCAGAAAAACCCAAAACAUCCCUCCCGGAAUCGUGAUCGACAACAAGAUCGUCUACUCAAGCAUGUUUGAUUCCUAUUCAUGCUCACAUCGGGGAAUUCUGGGUACCUCGAAGCCAACUAACAAUCACGCGGUUCAUGAUGAUGCUGACAAUACACCGAAUGGAAUCUAUAUGCUUCAAUAUCUGGUAUGCCGCACUUAUACGCGAUGCACGCGUUCUCUGUCGCUGCCAGCACCAGCCCAUUAUGCUCAUUUAAUAGCAUUUCAUGCAAAAGAACGUAUCACAGGCGUCAUCUAUGGAGGCAGCUUGAUCGGCUCGGACGUUGAUUCCUGA